UCCACAUGCACUGCCUGGUAGUGGGUUAGUUAAUCUGCUUCUUUUUUUCUGGUGGACUGUAGUAGAUGAAGGAACUUUGCCUUCAUUAGCCACACCCAUUGUAGAACAACCCAAGAAAGAGCGCCCAAAGAAAACCAGGAAGGAAGUUCUGAAGAAACUACCAUCUCCAGUCAGGAGCCUCACUCCCAAGUCUCCAGAACCUGUGGUUGAAGAGGUCCAGGUCACCCUUAAAUCCAGAGAACCUACCCCUGAACAUGUACCCACUCCCACCCCAAAGAUUCCAGAUCUACCCCCAGUGGACAUACCACCCCUCCCUGAAAUUACGGAGGAGAAAAAGGAGAAGAAACCCAAGGUUGACAACCGGAAACCCUUUGAGCCUAUCCAGGUUAUGCCACAAAUUAAAGAUGCCGUGCCUCCUCCCCCAAAGAAAAGCAAACCUCCAACUAUCACAAAGAAAUCUCUUCCAAAGAAGAGAGUUCCAUCUGCAGAAGCACCUGUUACAACAGAGGAAAUUCGACAGAUGAAGGAUCCUUUGGACUUCCUGGCUAAAUACUGUAUCAUAAGCAAGGAUAGGCUGCCUUACUAUGAGAGAAUCUACAAGAAUGUUGUGUCUAGUCAGCCUGAGAGGUACGAGCGGGCCCAUCCCCUCUCCCCCACCACGGGGAUGCCAGUCACAGAGGGGACCAGCUGGGGGAACCACGAACUGAACAUGUUCCACGACCUUGUAGUGAUUAGUCGAGGUCAGGACCCACCGCGUCCUGCACUGAGUGAACCGGAGCAGUACCUAGAGAAGAUCUGUUACACUCUGGAGAUGUUGGACGGAAAACAUCGACAACUGACCGAGGAUCUUAACCUUCUGGAAUCAAAAAGAAUCCAACAGUUAGCUGAGAGAGCACGGAAACUAGUACCUGACAUCACAUCUGUCCAUUUCAAGAAGAAAGAGAAAAAAAGCAAAAAGAAAAAGAAAAAGAAGAAUAAGGUAGAACAGGAGGAAAUUCCAGCCAAGGUCAUUUUGUCCCGUGCUGACAUCACUGAUGAUGUCAUUGUCAGUAGAAUUGAUGACAAACUGCUCAAAAAGCUUAUGAAGGAGCCUGCUCAACACCAGCUAAACUGUGAGAUAGAGAGAUGUACAGAAAAAUUAGCCAAUAUAGAGGACAGAUUGAUACAGCUAGAAGGUGAAAAGAACAUUAUAGGAAUGUACUGCAUGGAGCUGUUUUUUGAGGCCCAGAAUGACAACAAUAAACCCCGAGAAUUCCGAAGGCAACAGAGUUUUCUGUAUAAGACACUCCACCCAGAUCCAGAUGUAGAAAUGAAUAAAGAGGAACUUGAAGGAGCUUUGCAGAUUGUCAAUCACAACUUGUUGUCACAGAAUGAGUUUAGCUAUCUGUACCAUAUAUUGAAUUUGACAGGAAGGAGAAAGAUAAACUUUAAGUUGUUCUGUGUGAUAGCAGCCUUAUCAGAGAGGAUCACUCACAUGGAUCCUGUUAUUCGAGAGCUUCUAAACAAAGAGAAGGGCUGGAAAAGACAGAACAAUGAUUAUGAAUCUUUAGAUGUUAGAUUGAACAGGUCAAAG